AUGUCUGACGCCAAAAAGUUAUCCAAAAAGGAAAAGAAAUCACUUCAGUUUCGUAAAUCGAAAGAGGAAAGAGAAGCUGAUAAACAGUCCAAAGAGGAAUCCAAAAAACGUAAACUUGAAGAACUAGAAACCACAAGCACCACCACCACCACUAAAGACCCAUCCGCGGCUAAUAAUGCUGAUUCAACAGAAGAUCAACAGCCAAAGAAAAAGAGGAAAACGAGAAGAGGCAAAAAGGGCAAAGGGGUAAACGAAGGAAAAGGACCACGGUUUAUCCUCUUUGUGGGAAACUUGCCCUAUGAUAUCCAACAAACAGAACUAAUUGCUCAUUUUCAUAAUAGUAACCCUGAUAGGAUAAGAGUGCGUCAAGAUAAGGGUAUUGCAUUUUUGGAAUUUGAUAAUGAUACGCAAGAGAUUCAAAGUAAAAUGGAAUUAGCUUUGCGAAUGCAUCAUCUGGAAUUGAGGAAUCGGAAAAUUAAUGUUGAAUUGACGGUUGGUGGGGGUGGGAAUUCCGAAACUAGGAAGCAGAAGUUGAAAGAAAAGAAUGAGAAGAAGGAUGAAAGGCAGAAAAAGAGAAUAGAUGAGGAUAAAAAGAAGAAAAGUAAUAAAGCUUCUACUGGCGACUUGAGUGGUGUACAUCCUUCAAGAGCAGCAUUGAUGCAAUGA